AUGUGCUCACACCUGAAAGGGCCGUGUUAUACUGCGUGACUGCCCUUCCCAGGAGACCAACACACAAUCACAAGAGUUGCUGUUGUAUUGGAGUUAACAGAACAGAGCGAAACACACAGAGAACGACGUGCAGAAUAUGAAACAAAGUAUACCUGCAAAAGCUUCAGAGCUCCAGAAGGAAAUCCCAGCCCUGUUACAUAUACUGUAAGGUCUCUGCGGAUCCUUCGCUCAGGGUGAAGUCGUUAUGGAUGGGGCCACAGAUAAGACAGAAUCCUCAUGUGAACAGGACAACCUGGAGGAUGAUACCUUCCUCUGGCAGCUCACAGAUGAAGAACGGGAAUCUCUUCAGUAUCUACUAGAGACAAUCAAUUCACUUGAUGCUGAAGAACAAGAUAGCAACAAUGAUGAACAUGUAAACUAUAGUAAAGAUAACAGUCAAUCAUUUGCUAUAUCUGGCAAAAUCCCAAAGGGACUGAAUGAAAGUUCCACAUCACUGGGUAAAACCAAGCCGGACCCAUCACCCAUAAAAAUGAAGAUUAUCAAGUCUUUCUCAGAAGACUGUCCAGGUUGCUCCAUUACAGUCACACCUGAGGUAUCUCCCAGAUUAGCAAGUUCUCAUCCGAGCCACUUGAGAAAAUUCGAUACCAUAAUGAGGUCUGGUGUGAAUGUGAAGGAAUUAAGGGCUCGAUUUAUUCAACACCAGAACAAUUCUUCCUUUGAUGAAAAUCCAAAGGGAUCUGAAUUAUCUGUUACUUCCAAGCAGCAACCUCAGGUUUCACGGAAUCUGAUGUCUCCAAGACAGGAAGCGCUACAGAAACUGGGUUUACUGAAUAAAAAACAAAGCAAUCCCGUUGUAAAAAACGUAUCUGAUACCCAACAUUGCAAAGACCAAAGCUCCUCUACAAAGAACUGUGAACAAACCCAGCACCUCUCAUGGGGGGGCGCUGUCUCCCUACCCUCUUCUGAACUUACUGAUGGACAUGAAGCAUUGACUGAAUCUGAACUGGUUAAAUUCUAAUCAAGUCAACUUUAGAACAUGUCUGAUGACGCCUACAUGGAUUUAUCUAUCUGCCAUAUAUUCUAAACUUAAGUUAUUGGGCAGAAACAUGGAACCAUAUUACUUUUUGUGAUGUAAAGUUCUUUUUUUAAAAUCGAUAAUGCAAUCAACAUUUUUCUUGAUUUUAUCUAAAGAACAGGUAUUCCAGAAUGUUUUCUGUCCUGAUUAAAGGGACAUUAAAGGCAUAGGAAACCCACAUUUUUUAUUACAUGAUUCAGAUACAACAACAAUUUUAAGCAACUUUCUAAUUUACUCCUAUUAUCAUUUUUUCUUUGUUAUCUAGGUAUGCUUAUUUGAAGGAGCAGCAAUGCACUACUGGUUUCUAAAUGAACACAUGGGUGAGACAAUGACAAUCAAUAUAUAUGCAGUCACCAAUCAGCAGCUAGAACCUAGGUGUUUUGCUGCUCCUGAGCUUACCUAGAUAAACAUUUCAGCAAAGGAUAACAAGAGAAAGAAGCAAAUUAAAUAAUAUAAGUAAAUUGGAAAGUUCCAAAUCAAGAAAGAACAUUUUUGGGUUUCAAGUCCCUUUAAAGGCUAGAUUGCAAGUGGAGCGCUUAUUUUUCGGAGUGCUAAUUGCUACCGCGAACUCACAGUAGCAAUAACCAGGCACUUGUAAAUGAUGGUUAUUUAUCACGCACACAUAAACGGGCG